UAAAAUGAUCGGUAGCGGUCGAUUCAGUGGAAGACUUAACUCCACACAGUAUCCUACCUGUGCGGACCACCUAUACAGAUAUAAGCUUCGGCACGAAAGUACAUUUCGUUUUCGUUCUCGAGGACACAUAACGGAGUCUGGUUAUUAUACCAUUAAGUGAGCAUAAGAUUCAAGUUCAACCAGCCAACUCAGACGGAGCAGCAGUAUCAAAUCGAAUGUUGAAUGAAGAAUGGAGGAGCGCCAUCCCUUUUCACCAGACCAAGAGCCUAAGGACCAGGCACCAAAAAACCAACACCAUAAGCAGCAGCGGUCACACCUUAGCCAAGGUUCUCAUGGUCAGGCACACUUACAACCGACCCAUAAUCUCGACCACCGUUACCCGCAGCAUCCGAAAAACCCAGCUCAAGGCCCACCGCACCCAAACGCACCAUAUAAUGUCGGGCAUAAUCAGGUCCACGUAGAUCCUUCAUAUCCUCCCGCCGGCCAGCAGCAUUAUCCAAAUACAUAUGGAUACAAUGGAACACAGCCCGGAACGGUGCAGUAUAGUAUGCCGUAUCAACACGUUAUCCCUCCACCCGGAAACCAAACUAUGGAUCGUGGGGAGAUUCCAGUCAAUCCCCAUCAGCAACAAGGCCAAAACCACAACUGGUACAGACACAGGGUAAACCAGGUGUUCAUCGUUAGCUCAGAGUUGCGCAUUCAGGAUGUGGAGAACAAAGCGGCUGUUCGGACGGGAUUGGAGUACAUCUGGGGUAUGCUGAAGGAGAACGGGGCAGCACAACCUUUGGGUCCAAAGGUGGACUUCUUUGUAUCAGUCUACAAACAGAUUCUGUUGACUUUGACCUUCAUAUUCACCAUAGUUUUCGCGAUAUUGGAUGGCGAUAAAAACAUCGUGUUCACCGUGAUUUGUACAAUCCUUACAGCCGCUGAGUUCUUCAUCUGGCUUUUUGCAGGCUUCAAGUUCUUUCGGCGAAUGCUUUGCGUAAAAUGUGUCCAAAAGAAAGUUGGUCCUGCCGCUGACGUCGAGGAGAAGGUAAUAUCCGAAACGGAAGGUGCUUCGGAGCAACAAGAAGCCACCAAGCGGGUUCCAGUUGUGGAAGGCGCUGGCGCCAGAGCUGCACAGUUUGCCAAAAAUAUUGCGCAAGAAAUCCUGCUGUACCCAAUCAUCGUAUGUGACCUGUAUGGGUUGGUGUCGGAGCAAUCAUACUCGUUCGGCAGUUGGGAGUCGGUUAUCAGCAUGUUGCUUCUCAUUUUUGCGAUGAUAGAACUUAUAUUUACGUACUCUGUGCGCAUGUACAUGCUAAUCGUCGUUUUCAAGAUAAUGGAAGAUAAGGUAGAUGGGAUUCGGCAGUGCGGGGCGUUGUGUUUUGGCGGAAUUCAGUGGCGAUACGUGUCGAAUAUUAUUGGCAACGUGGUGGUGUUCGUCUUAAUGAUAGCAAUUCUCGGAAUUCAGAUUCAAGUUGAUAACACUGUUCUCGGAGAACUUCAUGUUUCUGGGGCGGCCGGUUUCAUGAUAGCGUGCACCAUUCUUCUCCCCAUCUGUAACGUGGCCAUCUUUUUGGCGAUAAACAUGCACGCCGUGAUGGAGCUGCUGUAUAAAGUUGACAUUCACUUCGCUGAGAUGCAUCCGGGGACGAGAGAAGAAUUCCGUGUGAAACACAAUUUAUUUGUCCAGAAAAACCCCGACGGUUCCCACUCCUUCAAAGAUGACGACUCGGCACAAAAAUUACCAAUAUAUAAGGAACGCCUUAAGGGUUACCAAGCGGUCUCUACCUGGAAGCGCUUUUCCUUUGGGUUAAGCAACAAGUUCUUGGCGGUCGCUCUUUAUAUUUGGACAGUAUUCUUUUCUGCCUAUCUCUUAGUCUCCCCGGGACUGUAUAAUUACUCCGCAUCAAGUGGAGGACUGAAUGAGGGCUCAGUUGGAACGCUGAAAAUUUUUCUCUGGAUCUUCUUUACUCUAGCAAAUGCGCAUGCGUACAUACUAGGCAUAAUUAUCACGGCCUACGUUACGUUACUUAUCACGGCGUUUUUUAUGUCCUGUGUUUGCGGGGAGAAGAAGAUUGCCUGCCUUACAUGCACUUCCUGUUGUAAUAAUGACGAUGACUAAACUGUAUUUGCUGUCAAACUGUUGUUGUAUGGAUAGGAGCAGUUUUAUUCUUUUAAGGUUGUGUCCACGAUGAGACUAUUGUACUAGGAAGUUUGAACUAACUCCCAGGGGAGUGUAUACAACCAGGUUAAAGAAAUAACAUGUCUCGUCCUGGAGGUUAGUAAAUUCUCGGACCCAAUAUACUGGGUCCUAGGUAAAAUACAGAAAGCAGGUGAUUAUACGGUUACAUUGGAAACAAGAGAAGGCGUGAUAAUAAUCUAAUUGCUAUCAUCAACAGUCCCCUUUGAGUUAGUUCGAACUACCUAGUGCGAUAGUUUCGUUGUGUACGCAUCCUAAGAGACAAUCAGUAACACGACUUUAAACUAGACGUUUUUUAUAUGUAACAUUGUGAGCUAAGGCUUUUUUUACUUAAGUUACUAUUAUAGGCCGCAUUCAGAACAGCGGACUAACUAGUCCACGGAUCAAAUAUGGCCAACCCACUUGAAUACUUCCCCACGGGGAAUCUAUUCAGUGUCUAUUAGCGGAUUAGGGGGCAUUUUUUUAGUUGGCCGCCAUAUAUAGACUAGUAAGUCCCGCUGUUCUAAAUGCAGCUACACAUUCAUACCCCAGAAGGUAAUAAUAUAUCAUGCUGUCACUUGUGUUUUACACUAUUACUGUGACAAAUGCGUGUACUGUAUGGUCCAGUACAAAAUGUGCCAGAGGUUAGUUUUACAAGUAUUUACUCUAUUUAUAGGUACAUGUAAAUAUGUAAAAAUAAAUCCCACGCUGUCUUAAACAUAUCGUUAUUGUUAAUAACCUCGAAUAGACUACCUAUUUCGGAGACUGAUAUAAAACAGACAUACA